UUAAUUUAAAUAGUAAAUUAUUUUAUUCUUGCAGGAAAUAUUGGAACUCCUAAAAACUACAAAUGAAGGGAAAUCGUUAUUGUCAACAUUUCAUCAAAAUGGUUUGUUAGAUAGUGCAGGUCGUAGGCGUUUGUGUCAUUUAAUAAUAAAUAGAGAACUCAGAGAUGAUGUCCAAAGACGUAUUCCAUCGUCACGUUUACAUAACCUUGCGUACCAAAUCACAAAAGUUUUUCAAAAUGAACGAGCAUCAACUUAUUUUAUUCCAUACAUUUCUUACGGACCGGGCUUAAAAAGAGCAGCCAAAGGAAAGCUUCUCGAUUGUUUGAAUAAUAGAAGAAGAGAAUACAGAAAAGCUGGUUUGAUAAAUUCAUCGAGACGAAGUUCAACAUCUUCUGAAUCAUCUUUUAAUUCUAUACCAUUACCGGAAGGACUUGUACAAUUAACUGAAGAAGAAGGAAAUUAUAUAGAAUCUGUUGUGGAGGAAAAUCUCAAUUGGCUAAGAAACUCAAGUGAUCCAUGGGAUUUAGUAGAAAUAAAUUGGAAUUUGACUUCCAGCUAUCGCUUAAAAAGACUGAUGUCACAAGAUGGUCCUUCAAUAGCAGAGUACAUGACUGAGUUUCCAUGCUUGAAAAAACCUGCAGGAUAUCUCCUUAUUUUGAAAGACUUUAACGUUGCUUAUCCAAAAUCAGUUGACAAACUUUAUCAGAACCUACCAAUAUACAGAAAGAAGAUUAUCGAUCUAACAUUGACUAGAACUAAGAAAACUAAAGAUUCCACUGUGCAUCAAAUUUUAAAUGAAUACUUACAGUACAACUCUGACGAUGAAGAAACAUCGAAUAUAGUUUGUUUGUUUUGUUUGGUCUUCCUCGUUGGAAAUUCAGUAGUUAGGGGAAAAAAGUCUACAAGUCAAUGGAAGCCAUCAAAGUUAGAAGCUAGAGAUGGAUUUAUCACCAAAGUAUCAAGUGACGCAGAAGUCCAGGAAACCAUUGGAAGAAGGAGAGAAAAGUUAUCAAGUCUUGGCCACACAUUACAGCCCUUUAUAAUAAUUGUUGGACAGAGCUAUCAUCAUAUUCAAAAUUACUUGGUAAUUGUUGACAAUACUAUUUAUAAACUCCACUCUAUAACAGCUGCUGUUGAUUGCUGCUUUAAAAUAUUUUUAACUUUGAAUGCAGAAUAUCCUGUAGAAUCCACAGGAAUCUGGUAUUUUAUUCAAAAGGGGUUUUACCAAAUUAAAACACCAUGGGAUAAAAACUAUACAACAGUUAGUGCCCUCCUAUCUGAUAUAGGAAUUCCUAUUAUGCAAGGAGAAUAAUUUUUUUUUAUUUACUCAAUUUGUAUUAAGUGACAACAAUUAACAGUUAAUUAUAUUAGUAUAACGUUCUUAAAUAUUUUAUAAACUCUGAUUUUAAAGUUUCAGUAAAAGAAAAUUUGUUUAUUUUAAAUUUAAAAUUCUUACUUGGUUUUUUAUGUAAACAACAAUUUGUUAAUAGUUAUAUUCUUUUUAAACACUAGAUCUAAAUCAUCUUCAAGUAUUGAUUUUUAUCUUUGUGCCAAAGUAAUUUUUUUUUAUUUACUGAAUUUGUAUUAAGGAAUAAGAAUUAACAGUAAGGUAAUAAAUUAC